CGUUCUUGAAUUGACUUGACUUGUAUCUGGUUAUUCUUGCGCGUCUUAGUAAUCUCGCUGUGCCAUAUUCGAAAGCAUUUGCUUCUCGUAUCUGUCACAUAUUUUUUAACCUUCAACAAGCUUAACUCUCUCGUCUUGCCCUUCACUCGGAACGCCGGUCUGAUCCACCAGUUGUUCUACGUCUAGGCAACAUCUAUCCAUUCCAACAUGGCUUUAACUACCACUACUACCGAAUCUCGUAUACCCCGGUACCAGCUGCGCGAUACACGUGCCCGCAAAGCUACUACCGAGAAGACCAUCAAGACAACUAACGCAGAGGCUGGGCCUCUUCGUACUAACAGUGAGUCCGCUCUCUCCUCGCUCGUCUCGUCUCCGGGAGAUCCACGGCCUCGGUCCAUAUCUCCUGCGUAUUCCGCCGGACAGCACGGACGCUCGUAUAGCGACGUGCUUAUGGCGCGUAAUCCCCCGAUGCCAGGUGCGCUCGGGGAGACACCUGCUCGUCUCCAAAGUGAGACGGUGGAGAGCGAAAGAGAGAAACCGGGGGGAAAGACCCUAGUAGACAAUACUACCUCUGUUAGUAGAAAUAGUGAGGAAACAGAAAAGAAUACUCACUUAGAAACUCCAGCUAAUGAGAGGAGUUGGUCACCAGAAAGACCCACGGACACUGGCGACGGCCAGAGUGGGGAAUGGACCACUAUUGAACGAAGGCGCGCUGCAGGCGCCAGAGGUGUGACCCAGAAGAAGGGUGAGCAUCAGAAUCUGACCCGGGAACAAGAAAACCUGGUAAGAGAAGCCAAAAAUAAGUUGACCCCAGCUGAGAAAGAAAGAGUUUGGACUAGAUGGAACAUACCUAGUCGUCCGUCAUCCGACGGCAGUGAGUCGGAGGAGUCCCAAGUAGCUGGACCCUCCAAGGACAAAGGAAAGGUCCCGGACCCCAGGAAUUGGGGCAACGCCAACCUCGAUGAGGAAGAUAUUGACCUGGAGGCCCAACGUGCUGCACUGGCGUCGUACCGAGCAGCACGAGGAGGAGGGCUGGGCGUCAGGGCACAGGAAGAGGCGCUGCGCACAUAUAAGGCGGCGCAAGAGGCUACCCUGUCACUAUAUUGCAUUACCGUAGGAUAG